GAUCAUACUCAUUUUUAAUUACUACUAAUACUGCUAUUACCAGGUUUUAACUAUUGACCUCUCCACAACAAUAGUAUAAAUUAUAAUGGAAGCCGAAACACUACCAAACAAAAAAAAACUUCAUAAGGGAAAAUUGAAGAAAGCUAUGAAAUAUGUAAUCUGUAGGCCUGAUCCCAUAUAUUGGCCUGUACUGUCUCAAGAACAUGGAAAACAAUUAGAAUUGGCACUAGGCGAAUAUAAAAUUGACACACCAGUGUUUAAAAAAUUACACUGGAAUGAAUUAAAAUGUAUACCUAAAGAAACAAGACCUAAACCACCACCAAUAAAGAUAGUUGAUGGUUUUAUAUUUGGCACAGCAGCAACUAAAGCAGCAUUAAAGAAUUGUCAGUGCUCUGCAGUAAUAAUAGAAGCAUUAGUAAAUCCCCGAGCAAUUGUACAGCCAGUCAUUGAGGAAUGCAUUAACACAAGAACCCCUAUAGUUUGUUUGACGAAUUUGAAAAAAAAUUGUUUCCAGUAUUUUAGAAUUCCCACAAGUUGUUUAGCCAUUAAAACGGAUAGUCUGCAUAACCUCAAAAAUAAAAUACUUGAAAUUUCGCAAUUCUACAAAAAUGAUCUACAAUUGGAAUCAGAAGAUAAACAUAUAAAUGUGGAUGUAGAAAUGAAAGUUUGCUCACAAGAAGAAAAACCUGUUAAGUCUGUGAACUCUGUCGAAAUUUAUCCAUAUUUGUAUAGAACUAACAAAACUUCCAGAGUAUUUGUACCUGAUGAAGUAAUCACACAAAAGAGAAUGGAGUUUUCAGGUCAAGAUUACAUAAAUUUUACAGACAAAAAGAAACAAGAGAGCACUAAUUACAUGAGAAUGAUUGUAAAGAGAAUAACUAGCAAUCCGAAUAGAGCAAAAAAUAAACGAAAAAUUGAUAUGUAGCACAUAUUUUUUAUUUAUAAAAUACA